AUGUCCCGCUCGCCAGGAGAUGUCGCAUCCUCGCCAGACUCGAGCCGCGCCGGAGGCCUCGCCAACGUCUUCAAGGGCUGGACGGGGGCCAGGUUGACCAAGUCCCGGCCUCCCAUCGCCCAGUCCAUCUUCCCUCCCAGGCCUCUGAACAAGCUCAAGAAUGGUUCGCCGAAUGAGCGUGCCGCCGCAGCCGAUUCGCUUCGCUAUGCCAUCUCGGAAUACCCACUCAGCCCCGUCCUGGAUAUCUGGUACGCUGCGAAAGACCUGAUCGAUGCAGGAAAGGCAAGUGCGGCUCGUAUCGCAGGUUGGGAACUGCUCGCCGAAUGUGUCAAGCACAAAUCAUCCACCGACCUCGAGCGGAAAGAGUUCUUCCAGACCCUUACGGCGCCCGCCAACCCAGAGGACUUUCAUCUCCAGCUCGCAUCACUUGUUGACCUGACGAACCACGGCCGCGACCUCUCUGGAUUCGACUAUGACGUGAUUCCGCUACUUCGAAAAUGGCUGCGCGAGGCGUACCAAGCUGUUAAGGUGGCCAGGAAGCACGCGAGCCGUGACGCCAAGAGAAACCCAAAGUUGAGAGUCUCUGUAGCGGGCGAAGAGAAGAACCUACAGCAACUCUUUACGUUCAUCGUCGAAGUCACCAAAUUCAGUUCCAACGUCGCUGACGAGACUGCGCUCGCCGGCUUGGUCAACGCUCUUGUCGCCAUAUGCCUGAACACGAUCGUUGAAGACGAUCUGCGUGCGUGCAUUGGCGUCAUCGAUGCCAUCGUAACCUUCGGAUCUUUGCCCAGCGGCAGCUUCAGGGAAUGCGUCUUGGUUCUGGGUUCCAUCUUCUGCCUAGUGCCCAAUCUCCACAAGCCUGCUUGGCACACUUUGUCGAUCAUUCUCAAGUCGCACAACGGACACGCCACAGUGAGGGUACUGUUGGACCUUCUUCGCGACCUGCCAGCGGACGGUAACAGCAAGGGCAAGGACACUAGAGACAUUCGCGGCGCCCUGGCUGUCCUAGAAAAGCUCGUGGCGAAGAGUACUGAGAAGGGGUACCCCACAGUCCCCUUCACCCUCCUCAUGAACGGUCUCGUGGCUACAGUUCAGUGCACGCCGUCAGCCCGGGUUCACUGUGCCGUUCUCAAGCUCCUCAACUCGCUCUUCAGCGACAGUGACGGCAAGCUUCACCACAUGAUCGCUGAGGAGAACUGGACGACGGCACUCAGCAUUGCCACAGAGUGUUCCAAGAAAGCAACUCAGGCCACUUCAGGAGACAACGACGCCACCAAGACUGAGACUGAGUCGGACCGACCUUAUGAAGCAAUUCGUCGUGAAUUGCUGCGGAUGAUUGCUCGUCUUGAAAGUCUAAUGACGAGCAAAAAUGGCAGCUUCGUCCCUCGACCCGUCGUCAUACAGUUUUUCAUGGACGUGCACACUCUGAUUCCUGACUCCACUGCCGUCGUUGUGCUUGACUACUUCCAGGAAUUCAGAUGUUGCUCUCCAUCAGAUCUGGAGUGGGAAGACAAUCUGGCUUUGGUCCGUCGAGGCUUCUUUGGCAAUCGGCAGCGCUCUUCGCAUGUCCGACUCCUGGCCCUUCGUUCCAUCACGGAUGCAUACGAGAUGAUGGACCUCGUUGGCGAGGAGAUGGAAGAGGACUGCAUUGCCACUCUAGUGAAGGAUCUUCUUAGCGACGUCUCUGCCGAGACAGAUGUUGCCGUUUUAGACGCACUCGUUUCGCUCAUGGUCGAUGUCGCCAUUGCGUCUGACCAGGAGCUCUUCAACUUCAUUACCAGCACUCUCAAGAGCCUUGUUUCCAGCGACAGACUGGAGCCGCCCGCCUCGCAAGCACUUUCGCCUGGAGCUCCGCCGACCCUGGAGCGAUCUCCGUUUGAGUCAGAAUCGUCAAAGUCGGAUAUUGUCACCCAAGGUUUCGUCCGGCUCUUCAUGCGCUGCAUGAAUGCGAACGGACUAAAAUCAGCAAAGCUCUUCGAUAUCUUGGUCAGCAUCGCUCGAGGGAGCCACAACCAAAUCGACGCUCGGCUCACAGCAAUGAAGCUCCUCUUCAGACUCAGAGCUGACUGGGCCAGCUCCAUCUUCCUAACAGUCGAUACGGAAGCAGAAGGCCUCGCAGCCUCUCUAUACCGUACUGAAGCAUCGCUUGCUCGAAAGCAGGCUGGUGACGCCACCUUGUCAGCGCGAGCGUCUAGGGCCGAAACAUGGCGGCCUUGUGAGAUCUGCCAGAGCUAUAUCAUUCAGUCAUGCCGGCACCCAGGAUCGAUCGAACCCAAGGCCGAAGAGGACAGCAUGCACCAUGUGGCUCUCAACGUGACAGCAUGGUUGAGUACCAUCAACACCAUUUUCGAGAACGGCUGUGACUGGGAGGUUUUCAGUAUGAUACUGGUGCACCUGCCCUCACAGCUCAGCAAUCAUGCCAUGUUCCGCGGGGCACUGACCGAGAUGCAAAGGCUUCGCCGUGUCGUGUGCGAGCAGAUUCGAUUGAAUGCUUUUCAGGAGCCCCCCACAUACACGGGUCUCCGACGGGCUGAUGUUGCCAUCUGUCUAUUCCACAGCUUGACCAUGAUUCUGAGCUACCAUGAACACUUCCUUAAAGACCAAGAAGACGAAAUCGUGCGAGCCUUUGUGCACGGUAUUUCAACAUGGGAGAGUAAGUGUUUGGUGCAGAUGCUCCAAAAGAUGGCCCAGAUCAUCACGCAACCACACGUCGCCAUGCACAUUCUCGAGUUCCUGGCCGGUCUCAGUCGGCUGCCAGCCUUGUAUGUCAACUUCAGGGAGGAAGAGUAUCGCAUCGUGUUCGGAAUCUGCAUUCGGUACCUGCAGUACAUCCGCGACAAACAGCAAAAUCACCGAGCCCUUGAGCUGUCACCAACCACUGUUGAUGGUAACUCUGCAUCAACGGACGACCUGCCUCAGUACGUGUACUCGCUAGCACACCAUGUCAUCACUUUCUGGUUCCUGGCGUUGAGGCUCCCGGAUCGUUCCAAUCACGUGGGUUGGAUCGCGAAGAACCUCUUCGCAAACGUCGAGAGCGGGCAAGGCCUUGAAGAGCAAGCCAUGGUUACGAUUGAUUUCAUGCAGCGGGUUGCGUAUGCGGACGCAAACGAGUCAUCAUGCGACCCUCUCUUCACCAAGGAGAGAUUCGGAGAGAUAUUGACGCGAAGGUGGCUGAUAGGAAAUAGCAUCGUCACCAUUGAGCAGGCCACAGCCACCGGUUGGGCCCAGAUUACUAAGAGGCAGCCCUCAGGCACGUCGUCUUAUGUCGUCAGGGAGAACUUCCGACCGCCACCCGCUCACCAGACAAUGCAAGGAACCGAAGUGGUUCGGGCCAGCGACCACAGUAACAACGUGCUGCCCAGUCAUCUGAUGGUGCAACUCAUGACAUCCAUCCCACAGACUUCCGAGUCGCUACGGCCCAUUCCGUUACCCGACGAUGACGCUGUACAGAGAGCUGUCCGAGUUUUCGACCGGAACUCAACGGUUGACGGCCACAAGGUGGGUGUGAUUUACAUUGGCGAGGGCCAGACAGAUGAAGUCGAGAUUCUCUCCAACGUGUCUGGCAGCAGCGACUAUGUUGAAUUCUUGAACGGACUGGGGACCCUCACCAAGCUGAAGGGAUCAACAUUCAACACCCAGGGCCUUGACCGUGAUUACGAUUCGGACGGACAGUACACGUUCUGCUGGCGGGAUCGCGUCACGGAGAUGGUCUUUCAUGUCAUCACACAGAUGCCGACGAACCUCGAACGUGAUCCGCAAUGCAUUCUCAAGAAGCGUCACAUUGGAAACGACUUUGUCAACAUCAUUUUCAACGAUUCAGGCCACCCUUUCCGCUUUGACACGUUCCCGAGCGAAUUCAACUACGUUAACAUAGUCAUUACGCCCGAGUCUCGCGCCUCUUUCAUCGCGAGUCGUGAGGCGCCGCCUGCGGAUAAGCAGCAAUUCAUGCCGUUUUACAAGGUCCAGCUGAUGAGCAAGCCUGGAUUCCCGACCAUUUCUCCCGCGUCGGAGACCAAGAUGGUAUCCCUGAAGGCGUUGCCAGGCUUCAUUCGCCUCCUCGCACUCAACGCGUCCGUAUUCUCCCUGGUCUGGGCCAAUCGUGAAGGUGGUGACACAGUCAGCUCGUGGCGAAAUCGCCUCCGCGAGAUCAAGCGCCUUCGAGAAAAGCAUGGCUACACACCGGCUACGCCGACGAACCACCAAAUCACAUUCGGACAGUCGCCCUUUGGACCGCCACAAGCCGGCGGCUCCACGCCCUCGCCGCCAACCACAUCUCUCGGCGGAGGGCACCACGGUGGCAGCCUCGCGGCCGCCACCCACUCCCAGGCUGCUGCCGAUCUCUCCAGACCGGCCAGCAGCGUGCGAGACAGUUUCGGCAGCAGCCUGCGCCGAUCCUCUGUCGCGACCUUCUUCACAAGCACGAGCGAGCAGACAUCGCAUCGCAGCUCCAUGCUAUCAACGACGACAACGACAAACGACACGGAGAUUUCGCCAAGCACCGGCCUCGACUCUCUCGUCGAGUCGGUCGAUUUCUCCCGGUGGGCUUAA